AUGGACGAGGUCAAAGACGAGGUCCAUGAGCAUGAGGUGCCGAGGGGCCGCGACAGCCCCCCAACUAGGAGGCUGCGCGUGAAAACGCCUCCCAAGAGCUACAAGAAAGAAAAGGCCACAGCUGUGAAGAGUGCAGCCAAACCGGCUGCGCCUGCUAGCUCAGCAGAAGCUUCUGUUACAAACUGGAGCCCGGCUCACCAGGCGAAUGCGGUCAAGCUGCUGUUCUCCUGGCCCAGACGUAUGUGGGACGCCUUUGUGCAGUUUCGUCGCAGCGUGAAAGAUGCUGAAGGACGGGACCAGGCUCACUUUGAGGCUGCCGGUGCUGUCGUGAGAGCAAGCAAGCGCCAGAGAACCGAGUGGAACUCGGAAGAGCGCACCGCGAUCUUGCAAGGUAUGCUUGGCGUUUUGUCCGAGUUCACAAUGAGCACAAGCUUCAGCGGUAUAGAUGCCCCAACAACAGCCUUCCUGUCGCUGGGCUUGGGUUUGUGCCAGAGCUUGGAUUUGAGCGCGGACCAUUUGCCGCGCCCGCGGAGCACCUUUGCAGUCGAGUGGCAAGCUUCUUGCCAGCAAGAACUUUUGCGUCACCCUCAUGCCGCAGAGCAUGUGUUCGGGGACAUCAACGAUUUCUUCCGGCCAACCCUCCGGACCAAGCUUGACAGCAUUGUGGCCGAAGGGAAGAUCCACUCAGUCUUGUGGCCAUUGAUCAAGUCUGGCAAUGCCAUGCGGAAGGAGGCUUUUUGCGUGAAGCACCAGAAGAUGUGUCAGGUCUUGCGCUGUAGGGUGAUUCCACUUGUGCGUUGGCUGGCAGCAGCGCCGUGCCUCUGCCACGGUAUGCUUGUGCAGGUCGACACGGCUCGAUGCCACUGCGGGGGCACGCCGUGCACGGAUUAUUCGAUCAGAGGGCUGCAGCUCGGAACCGAGGGAACAACGUUCGUUCCCUUCUUAGCCUUCUGCGGCAUGAGAAUUGUCUUGCAAGAGCCAGUUGUGAUACAGGAGAAUGUAGACAACUUCGAAACGGAUCUGCUUGAGCGCUACCUCGGGCAUCUGUAUCACAUCUCAGUAGAAUCUUUGUCGCCCGACCAGUACGGCUUCCCGGUCCUAAGGCCAAGGAAAUGGACGAUUCUGAGGCACAAGUAUAAAACAUCAUGCUGGGCAUCGCCGUGGUCAGCCUUUGCGAAGAUGUUUCAGAGUGACAUGUGGUUCGGAGCGUAUGCAAGCAACAUUUUUCAUGACGUUCCUGCUUGGGUUGUGUAUUUUGAUGCUGACGCAGACGAGUUGUUCGAGGAGCUGUGCUGGGCAUGCAGCCGUCCCGAAAGCUUGUCGAAAGAUUCAGGGUGCCCUUUUGCUUCAGCAGUCGAGCUGAGAGAGGCCAUGCUCAAGGACCCAGAAGCUGUUCGUUCCGCUUUCCUUGCAGCUUUGACAGCAGCCGAAAGCAGCUUCUUGGAUCACUACCAGGCGAGUCGACCUGGCCAAGUCUUUGCACUGAACCAGAAUCCCGAAGUGAGCUUGACGGCAAGCCAGCAGACACAUCUGCGCACCAUCAUCCGCAACACCGGCAUUCUUUGGCGCCCUGCCAGCAGUAAUCUUGCGAUUGUCUUGUGGUCCGACCGCCACGGGCGGUGGAUGACAGCUUCUGAAACCUUGCGAGCUCAGGCUUUUCCUGUUUCGGUUGAGUUGAGUGAUGGGGAUACGAAGGGCAAGCUUGAGACGGGAGCGCCGGGAGCGCUGGAAGCCGCAAGUGAUGCGAUUUGGGGCAAGCGGAGUCUCAACGAGCGUUUCGGUGAUGCCACGGGCAAAGAGCUCCAGACCAAGAUUUUUGAAAUGUAUGAGGUGACCAAGGCCGCAGGUGGAGUGCGAGUUGACUGGUACAUGGCUGACAAAUCGCGGAAUAUUGUCAGGCAUGCUUGCAAUCAGAGGAAGCAACAAUCCAUUCGACGGUCUUAUGUCCGGGCUAUCCUCGAAUACGGAGUGGCCGAAGGAUGCAGAGGUGAGUGCUGGUUGGUGGAGCCAGCGCAACCGGGCCAGCCAUACCAGGCCAUUACGUUUGGCACGCUGUACUUGAAAGAUUUGAACAAUCAGUUCCACCACGGCGGCUCCAUCAGCUUCAUCGAACUGGUCAGCGGCGUCACAGAUGUCGACCAGGCUUUUCACGCCUACGCAGACCGGGCUCGAAUCACAUCGAGAAACUCCAACUACCACGAGCAGCGGCAGGGGCAAAUUGCCGGGCAUCGUGUGCAUGUUCUACUGGUUGCAAUGAAAAAGAUGUCUCUGCAGGAGAAAUAUGAUGCUGCUUCUUUCAAAGUGUCUCGCGCUUUGCGCAACAAGCUGAAUGCGUGGGGGCUUUUCCAGACUUUCGAUGACUUCUACGGCGAGCAUGCAGAUUUUUUGCAUCAAGAGCUUCCGAAGGCAGAAACCACCCUUGCCACUAUGAACAGUUUCGCUACCAUGUUGGAGUCCCGCUUCAGUGGCCAACCUCCCGCGUUGGUUGGUCAAGUCUUUUUCGAAAUCUCCAAGUUCUGUGUCCCACUGCUUUCGGGAGAUGAUGGAGGACGUCAGCCGCCGUUCUUGUUCAGCAAAGGCCCCGAGUCAAUAGCUGUGUCAGAGGCGCAACAACGGCUGUGCUGUCCGGUAGCUGGGGCCGUGUUCGUCAAAAAACUGGCGACGAAGGGGCAGCCUCAGAGUGCCGACGCAGCGCCCAAGAAGAGACCCAGGGUUCCGGAUUUGAGUGAUGCGGUGCCCAAGAAAGCAUCCAGAGCAAAAGGUAAGGCCAAGGCGAAAGCCAAGGCUGCGUCGGGAAAAGAUGCAACCAAUGCGUUGGAGAAGGAAACACAGGAAUCGUUGCAGGCGGAUGUGGAGUUCGCGCUUGGCGACGAAGCAACCGAUGGGCAGCAAGGAUUGCGUGCGGGGUCAAGACAGCGGCUUUGGUUGGAUGAUGUCCUAGCAGCGCUGCAGCGUUGUCAGACAGGUCCUUUCGCAGCUGCUGCAUCGAGCAAAGCUGUGGGGCAAUUGGUUUCGAUGCUUCUGUCAUUUGCCGUUGAGUUCGCCUUUACCGGUUCCGUGCGGCUGCAAAAGGCAAAGCCAUUGAAGGUUCGACCAGCACUCCAGAACCUCUUCCUGGCUGCACUGUCGCGAGGUCGGUCCGCCUUGCCUGGAGGAUCAAGCUCCGAGGAGAUUUUGGGCAAGCUCGCCCAAGACAUAGCGGCAGAGGGGCCCUCUCUGCGAUCUCUCUCCACUACGCCAAAACACGACGCCGGUCAAAGCGCCACCGCUGUACUACGAGAUUCCAAGGCUCUCCAGGAAUGUAUGUCCUUCUUGAUGACCAACCGCGAGAAGGACAUCCGCAAGCAGCCGGCGUUUUUCGCCACCAUGAGCAAGUUGAAGUCUGGCUUGUGCACUUGCGGUCAAGCAGACGAUUGGGACCGGGAAGCAGGAUCGUGCCUCUUUCAUGAAGGUGUACACACUCUGUCGGACAUGACGUGGGCCUUGAGCACCUUGAUGGAACAGGAAGCGGUGAUACCGCUGUCAGCUUCUGCCAUCGGCGCGGCAGGUUUGCAGUUGGUCAUGAAAGUGCAAGAGCAAGCUGAAAAGGAAAAGGUUGAAAGCGCCCAGGCGUCGGGCGAGCCGACGGGCGAUGCUAGCAGCAGCAGUGACACGCGAACUUCGAAGGCACAGGACCCGCAGCCAAAAAAGAUGGACGUGCUGCUGAACGCCAUCGCGAAGGAAGGCCGCUUUCUCUUGGAGAAGCAGGGCGAGGACAGUGGAGAAACGAAGUGGGCUUUGAAUGGAAGCCUUGUCGAGAGCUUGCUGACUGUGCGAGCGAAAUACCUGCUGUCCACGAUGCUGGGUUUGAUUGUCAAGCCUCAGCUUGAGGCCGCUGCGGCGGGGCAGAGACCCAAACUGGUAGAAUUCGAGGAUUUGGAUGCUGAGCAGGCAGAAUGGCUCUAUGAUCUGUUGGUUUACAUGUGCAAAAGCGGCGAAUUCACGGAUGCUCACGGUUUCAUCUUGGAGCUGGAGUGCCGCUACAUGCUGCAGAGUCCGGGCGAUGCGGACAUGAAGACUUGGUCCGCGAUGUGGACAGAAGUCUUUGAGAGAGCCCUUGCUGCCCGCAACAAACAUGUGAAAACCAACAAAAACAAGGACGAGACGAUUGAGCUGGGCAAGACGCUGCCUGCGACCAAGAUGGUAAUCAACAAGAGCUUCUUCAAGGAAGCAGCAGCAGCAGCUGCUGCGUCGGCGGAGUCCGGCGAAGUCAAGGUGGAGAAUGACGGCGGUGUCAACCCCUCCGGGCAGCCCGCGCAAGGUCAACAGGAGCACACGGUCCAACCAGCGGUGCCUUACUUCCAGUCGAUCUACACGGCGACUGCUCAGCAGGGUACAAUCCACACAUUGGAUGUUCUUGCAGUGCAAGCCCAGAUUCAGAACAUUUUGCUCAUGCGAGCAGGGUGCAAAUCAUCCGAGAAGCUGCUGGGAGCAAUGUUUUCGGAUUCCCGCAGCUGCGCCAUCAUAGCGGCGACGUCUCUCACGAAAGAGUUGGCAGGAGAGCGGAUCUAUGCAUUUGGCAGCAUCAGCACAGAGCAAAGCCCCAAAUCCGUCAAGGCCGUGGCUUCGGCAACUUUUGGCGACGGCGACGGGAUCACAAUGCACUACUUCAUGUCUGCAGAGGGUUUCCAAAAGCUGACUUCGCUGUGUCCUUGCCCGGUAUGGUUUGUCAAACCUGUCACCGAUGCAAAGAAAGCGCUUUUCGAGAGCUCGGAGGUUGAGGAGACCGUGGAGUGUUCUGAUGCGCAUGGUGGCAAGAUUACUGUUCACCUGCGGAUGCCUUUCAUUGCGAUUCGCGAACAGGCGCUGUUGAGCUUGAUCGAGAAAGAGGCCGUGCAGCCACAAGGAGAGCUGAUCUGCACACGCGUGUACUUCCCAAAUGAGAAGGCCACGACCGGUAAGAAGCAGCCCGUCCAACCGCAAAUGGCAUUGGGUGGAUUGUGCUUCAGAAAGCAAGAAGGCCAUGAAGGCGUCACGCUCAAGGUUGAAAAGAAUGACGACCUGCUUUUGGUGAAUCCUGGCAAUCAUCCGAAACAUUGCAGUCAUUUGUUGAAGUGA